AUGCCUCAUAAAUGUGCUGUAGCCACAUGUCGUGGUAAUUAUAAAAACGGACCAAAAGUGGCUGUGUAUUCAAGUUUUCGUCCAAAUGAGACUGAACUCCGGAUGAAAUGGAUAAGGAGUCUACGAAGAAAAGAUGGCUUUCAACCUACUAAACAUACCAGAGUAUGUGAAUUACAUUUUCGAUCAGAUGAAAUAAUACGAGAAAUCGAAAUGUAUGAUGAGAAAUCAGCGAAGUUAAUUAAAGCCCCAAUUUCUAGGCCACGUUUGAAAAAAGGAUGCAUACCUUCUCAGUUCCCUGAUGGCCCAUCCUACAUGUCAUCAAAUUCUGUAUCGAGAAUGUCACCAGAAAAGAAGAAAGCUCGUUUAGAAGAGAAAUACCUGGAGAAAGCGAUAGAAGAAAGUUUGAAAAUGAAAGAACGGAAAGGGAUUAUAGUCCCAAGAACUAUGGGUUCAUACGUCAACUGGUAUGAAGCAAGACCAUCUUGA